GCCGUUUCCCGGCGGAGCCGUCAGCUGACGCCGCCGUUUCCUGGCUGCCGCCCGCCAUGCUGCGGCUCCUGCUCCCGCUGGCCGCCCUGGCCGCGCUCCUCCGGGCGGCGGCUUUGUUGACCCAAGGCAUCCCUUCAUAACCACAUUAUUGACUUCUGGAGACUUCUGCAGAACAGAGGAGAACAGUCAGGAAGCAAAGAUGAUCUCCUUCAAGCAACUGCCCAUUGAAGCCAAGGCUGCAGUGGCUGCAGGAGUGGUUUUCUUCUCCAUGAUGCUAUCACGGAGUUACCUGGCGGAAAAACUCGAUUUCAGGACGCGGCGCUGGCUUCUAAGGCUGCAAAUGGCACUAUUUGCUAACACACUCAUGUUGAUGGGAUCUCUUCAUGUUUGGAGAAGCACAGUCACCACAUUCACCAGGUCUUCAGCUGCCAGCUCCUUCUGUUUCAUGCUGUGGAAAAUAGCUGUGUUCAUGUUUCUAGCUUUGGCUCAUUCAAGCUUCUUUACAUUGCUGUUUCUUGUUGCAGAAGAGCCCUAUUUCUUUUCUUUAGCUGCCUACACUUGCUUGGGAGCCUAUAUUAUUCUCAUCUUUUUCCUCUUCACUUUAGGCUCUGUAGAGCAGGCUUACAAGUUCUUGGCUGGGAGAGGUGCUAAAGCAAGCACUGGCAACAAGAACAGAACAGCACUGAAACCAGUUCUGGCAGUCUUGCUGACUGUUGUGCUGACUGUUGUUGGGCUGUUAAAUGCUUCCCAGCCCCCUACUGUGAAUUCCGUGGAGAUUCCAGUUCACAAGCUGCCCUCAGCAAUGAAUAACCUGAAGGUGGUGUUGCUUUCAGACAUCCACCUGGGGCCCACGGUUGGGAAGACCAAGCUUGCCAUGAUAGUGAGAAUGGUUAAGGCUUUAAAGCCAGACAUCACCGUGAUUGUUGGGGACCUGUCUGAUGCUGAGGCAAAGAUCAUCCGACCUGCUGUUGAGCCUCUUGGAGAACUUGAUUCUCCUUUGGGGACUUACUUUGUCACGGGAAACCAUGAGUACUACACCUCAGAUGUUAGCAACUGGUUCGAGCUCUUAAAAUCAUUUAACAUUCAGCCAUUGCACAACGAGAAUGUGAAGAUUGUUUCACCAAAGAGCACUUCUGACUGGUUCUGCCUGGCUGGCGUGGAUGAUAUUGAAGCAGAUGUGUUGCGUUAUUCGGGACAUGGCAUGGAUUUGAAAAAAGCUCUCAGAGGGUGUAGCAGUGAGCAUGCAAUAGUGCUCCUAGCUCAUCAGCCAAUUGCUGCAAAGUGGGCCCUUCAGGAGAGACCAGACAUAAAUUUAAUUCUCUCUGGCCAUACUCAUGGAGGGCAGAUUUUCCCUCUAAAUGCUGGAGCUUAUCUGCUGAAUCCAUUCUUUGUUGGCUUGUACCAAGUUGGGCAGAAUACCUUCGUCUACGUCAGCCCAGGGACAAUGUACUAUGGAAUACCCAUGAGGCUGGGCAGCAGAGCUGAAAUAACAGAGAUUAUUCUACGUUCUCCUUGAGGAGUUUUCCAUUUGACAGACUUCUAAUUUUUUUUCUUCUUUUUUUCUUUUUUUUUUGGCCAGUAUAUUGGCUCUUCUACUAUGAAAGCAAAUCCUUUU